UGGAAGGUCCCAGUGUCUCCCUGCCUGGCUGUGUGCGGUGUCCUGUAGCCCAUCGUUGGCCUCACAGCCAGGAUCGGUCCAGGUGGCCAGAAACCAGCUCCUUCGCAAUGCUGGAGACCGGAGGCCUCUCGCCUUCCCUCUGCCUCCUUUCCCUGCUGCUGGCUCUGCACACUGCUGAAAGGAGCCAGCCCUCUCCUCAACGCAGGUUUGAGUACAAACUCAGCUUCAAGGGACCAAGACUGGCGGUUCCUGGGGCUGGAAUACCCUUCUGGAGCCACCACGGAGACGCCAUUCCAGGCUUAGAGGAAGUCCGACUGGCUCCAUCUAUGAAGAACCGGAGCGGUGCUGUGUGGAGCAAGAUCUCUGUCUCCUUCCCUUCUUGGGAGGUAGAGAUGCAGAUGAGAGUGACUGGACCGGGGCGCAGGGGAGCCCAGGGUGUGACCGUGUGGUACACCAAGGACAGGGAUCAAGUCGGUUCUGUUGUGGAGGGGCUAGCCUCAUGGGAUGGCGUCAGGAUCUACUUUGAUUCCUCCACCAGUGGUGUCCAGAAUGGCCCUGCCAUCCGAGUGCUGGCCAGUGAUGGGCAUGACCUCCAGGAGCAGUUUGGGGAUGGCACUAUCCGAGAGCUUGGCUCCUGUCAUAGGGACUUCAGGAACCGGCCGUACCCCUUCCGAGCUCGGAUCACCUACUGGAGGCAGAGGUUGCGUGUGUCUUUGAGUGGAGGCCUUACUCCUAACGACCCUGAAGAGGUCUGUGUCGAUGUGGAACCCCUGCAUUUAGCCCCUGGAGGCUUCUUUGGGGUCUCAGCAGCCACUAGCAUCUUAGCAGAUGACCAUGAUGUCCUGUCCUUCCUGACCUUCAGUUUGAGGGAACCAAGUCCAGAGGAAGCCCCCCAGCCAUUCCUGGAGAAGGAGCAGUUCCACCUGGCCAGGAAGCUGGAAGAACUGAAGGCAAAGCUGGCCCUGGGCACCACAGAGGAUAGCCUACCGCCACUGAAUGCCAAAGCCCAGGAAGGGGGGGAAAGUUUCUUUAACCUGGAGGACACUCUGGGCAGACAAAGCCAGAUCCUGCAGGCCCUCCAGGCUCUCUCCAGGCAAAUGGACCAGGCUAAGAGGCAGUGGAAACAGCAGCUGGGGUCUUCGCUCCAAGUCCGGCCUGAGGGAGGCUGGAACACCGCCAAGGUCAGCACCCUGCUCUAUGGACAGCGGACUCUGAUCCAGGCCCUGCAAGAGAUGAGGGAAGCAGCUGCCCGGAUGGCUUCGGGAGCACAGGUCUUCUACCUGCCUGUGGGCACUGAGCAUCACUUUGUUGAUCUGGACCAGAUCCUCAGCCUCCUGCAGAAGGACCUCCGGGAUCUGGUGAAAAAGACAAGCAAGAGCUCCCGCCCAUCUGGCUGGUUCCCAGGAUCCUCCACAUGUCUGCGGACCAGCAUCUUCCUGGUCUUCCUCCUAAUCCAGACUGUAGGCUUCUUCUGCUACAUGAACUUCAGCAGGCAGGAGCUGGACAAGAGGCUUCAGGAGUACCUGUCCACAGGAAGUCUUUCUCUAGAGCCUGCAUUACCCAUCUCUAGGACAAUAGGGGUUCUGAGGAGACAGCCUGUCUCCCCGAGCAUGCAAGCAUGACCCAGCUCAAAACCAUGUCUUACUGGGAAAAAAUGGGAGAUAGAGGAUUUAGCCAGUUCCCACA